CCGAAUUCCAAAACUAUUCCGAGACAUCGGCGACAUUACCAGCUACUUUAUUUUCCCGCCACGGCUCAUGGAUGAGAGGAUGCAUAUUUAUCUCGGUACCUGAAAUGAAACCCUUUCGUCUCGGCGCUCACACUGCUGCUGAUCCUGGUGCGAAGGGCACGAAGAGCUAGGAAGGAAUGGAUGAAGAGCUCACGCCUGAUAACAACGGCAAGUUGUUGCCCGAUCUCAAACUAGAUGCCAGGCAAGCGCAGGGGUUUAUUUCCUUCUUCAAAACCCUACCUAAUGAUGCUAGGGCUGUGCGUUUUUUUGAUCGUAAGGAUUAUUAUACCGUCCACGGUGAAAAUGCUAACUUCAUUGCAAAGACAUAUUACCGCACCACCACGGCCCUUCGGCAACUUGGCAGUACUAAUGAUGGUAUUUCGAGCAUUACUGUGAGCCGAAACAUGUUUGAAAACAUAGCUCGUGAUAUUUUACUCGAAAGAACAGAUCAUACAAUUGAAGUCUAUGAGGGUAGUGGAUCUAACUGGUGGUUAACUAAAGCUGGCACCCCAGGAAAUAUUGGUUCCUUUGAAGAUGUCCUGUUUGCCAACAAUGAUAUGCAGGAUGCUCCAGUCACAAUUGCUUUGUUUCCUAACUUACGUGAAAAUCAGUGCACUGUUGGUUUAAGUUAUGUUGAUAUGACCAAUCAAAAGCUUGGUUUAGCAGAAUUUCUUGAUGACGGCCAAUUCACAAACCUAGAAUCAGUUUUAGUUGCUCUUGGAUGCAAAGAGUGUAUUUUCCCCAUGGAAAGUGGAAAAUCCAUAGAAUUUAAGAAUCUACAUGAUGUGCUGAAUAGAUGUGGUGUUCUUUUGACAGAGCGGAAAAAAACUGAGUUCAAGUCGCGUGAUUUAGUCCAGGACCUCGGCAGAAUAAUAAGAGGUCCUAUUGAGCCGGUGAGGGAACUACUUGCUGAAUUCCAACAUGCGUUGAGUGCAUUAGGGGCAUUGCUAUCUUAUGUGGAUCUUCUUGCAGAUGACUGUAACUAUGGUAAUUAUACCAUCCAAAAGUAUAGUCUAGAUAGAUACAUGAGAUUGGAUUCUGCUGCCAUAAGGGCAUUGAAUAUUCUAGAAAGCAAAACAGAUGCAAAUAAAAAUUUUAGUUUGCUUGGCCUGAUGAAUAGAACCUGCACUGCUGGAAUGGGCAAGAGAUUGCUAAACAGGUGGCUCAAACAACCUCUUCUUGAUGCGGAUGAAAUAAAUUUUAGAUUGGAUAUAGUUCAGGCUUUUGUGGAUGAUGUAGAAUUACGUCAAACAUUGAGGCAACAAUUGAAGAGGAUACCGGAUAUUGAACGAUUGACGCAUAACCUUAGAAAGAGAGCAGCUAAUCUUUUGCCAGUUAUUAAACUGUACCAGGCAUGCAACAGGUUUCCAUACAUUAAAGGCGCCCUUGAGCAUUAUGAAGGACAGUUUUCUCUUUUAAUAAGAAAGAAAUAUAUCCAUCCUUUGCAAGAUUGGUUGGAUAAGGAUAAGCUGAAUAUGUUCAUUGAUCUAGUCGACACCGCUGUUGAUGUCAACCAUAUUGAGAGCGGCGAAUACAUGAUAUCACCUGGUUAUGAUGAAGAAUUAGCAUUAUUGAAAGAUAAACUUGAUGCAGUGGAGCAACAAAUAUACAAUUUGCAUAAGCAAACAGCCAAUGAUCUCGAUCUUCCUCUUGAUAAGUCCUUAAAGUUGGAAAAAGGGAGUCAGUUUGGACAUGUAUUUAGAAUCACCAAGAAAGAAGAGCAGAAAGUGAGGAAAACUUUAAAUACGCAGUUUAUUGUUCUUGAGACUCGGAAGGAUGGAGUGAAAUUUACAAAUACAAAGCUUAAAAAACUUGGAGAUCAGUAUCAGAAGAUACUCAACGAGUAUACAAGUCGGCAAAAACAUUUAGUUUUGCGUGUUGUGGAUACUACAGCUACCUUUUCUGUGAUUUUUGAAGAUUCGGCCAGGCUUCUUUCUGAGCUAGAUGUGUUGCUCAGUUUUGCUGAUUUAACUGUUUGCUCCCCUGUUCCAUACGUAAGACCAGAGAUUACCGGAUCUGAGGAAGGAGAUAUCAUGCUAGAAGGCUGCAGACAUCCUUGUGUAGAGGCGCAGGAUGGUGUAAAUUUUAUUUCUAAUGAUUGCAACCUUGUUCGAGGUAAGAGUUGGUUGCAGAUUAUUACUGGUCCUAAUAUGGGCGGAAAAUCUACCUUUAUACGACAGGUCGGCGUGAAUGUGUUGAUGGCGCAAAUUGGAUGCUUUGUUCCAUGCGAUAAGGCAAGUGUAAGCAUUCGUGAUUGUAUCUUUGCCCGUGUUGGUGCUGGUGAUUGCCAACUCCGUGGUGUUUCAACCUUCAUGCAAGAAAUGCUUGAAACUGCAUCUAUCUUGAAAGGUGCAUCGGAUAAGUCGCUUGUAAUAAUUGAUGAGUUGGGCCGUGGCACCUCUACUUAUGAUGGAUUUGGUUUAGCAUGGGCUAUAUGUGAGCACCUUGUGCAGAUUACCAGAGCUCCAACCUUGUUCGCCACUCACUUCCACGAACUGACUGCUUUGUCGCAAGGAACGCACGAUGAUUCGAGCAGUAUGGCUGCCGUUGGAGUGGCGAAUUAUCAUGUUGGGGCUCACAUAGACCCAUCAAGUCGAAAAUUAACUAUGCUCUAUAAGGUUGAGCCUGGUGCUUGUGAUCAAAGUUUUGGAAUCCAUGUUGCAGAAUUUGCAAAUUUCCCUGAGAGUGUUGUGGCUCUUGCUAAAAGAAAGGCUGCUGAGCUGGAAAAUUCUGCUCAAUUACCAAUUAUUUCUGAUAAUUUGAAUGACGAGGCCGGAACUAAACGGAUACGGAUGUGCGGUUCCGAUGAUAUGGCUGCGGGUGCGGCUCGAGCUCGUCGGUUUCUUGAGGAAUUCGCGAAAAUGCCGCUGGACCAAAUGGAUGUGAAGCAAGCCAUGCAGAACGUGAGCAGACUAACUUGUGAGUUGGAGAAAGAUGCUGCUGAGAAUGCAUGGCUCAGGCAGCUCUUCCUCACCUCAUGAAUGUAAUCCCCUGGACAAAGAAUGUUUGUGUUUUGAGCUGGUUUUUGUGAUUUUGUUAAGCCUUUUGUUUUGAGAUUUAUGUUUUUAGGGUUUAAUUUUAGAGUUGAAUAGAAUUAAUGUCAUGUGAGUCUCUGAGCUUAAUUAUCAAUUCACUUAUUUUAAAUUUUGAGUGAUUGGUGAUUAAGAGUGUGUUUAAGGCAGCUUGUGCGUUUCAGAAUAAGUUGUUUAUCUUGAAACGCGACCCGUGGGCCCCGUUGCCUGCGUUUAGUGUAAAAACUCAAACGCGAUUCCGAAUAAGCUAAAUAAAAGCGUGAACCAAACGGUACAACAGCGUUUUGAAAACGUCGUCCGCCCUUAUAAGCUGCCCCAAACGGUCUCUUAAGUUUUUAAUAGUGGGUAUAAUUGUCAAUAAUUUGAGUCCAUUUUGAUUACUUUUGAAGUUACAUUUCAU